AUGUCGGCUUGCGAGCGCUUCAAGACAGAGUACAGCUCAUACGGCCCCAUAUCCAUCGUCAAGACUGCAAGAGAGGCAGCAGAGAACGCGAGGACAGUAGUAUCAAUUGUGCCCGGUGCAAAAGAUGUCAAGAAAGUGUAUUUGGAUGAAAUCGAUGGGGUCAUCGCAAGUAAACCAGACGAGAUGCGCGUAUUGUGCGAAUGCAGUACGAUUGAUGUGAAGAGCACGAGGGAAGUGGGCAACAAACUGAAAGAGAAAGGGAUAGGAACUUAUGUUGACACGCCCGUUUCCGGUGGAGUACCUGCCGCAGAGCGCGGAGACCUCAGCAUGCUCAUCGGGCAUCCUCCUCCAUCGCCCGCAGAUGCAAAAUCCGAGCGUCUGGAUAAAGUCCUGCGGAUGAUGGGCUCGCCAUCUAAGUUCUUCUACCUCAACACUCUGGGCGCCGGAUUGACGGCUAAGAUUUCCAACAAUUACCUCAGCGGGACCAUACUGCUCGCCACCGCCGAAGCCCUGGCCAUUGGCGUUGCCCAAGGGCUCGAUCCUAAGGAUUUGUACAACGUCAUCAAGGCUUCGACUGGCCAGAGUUGGAUGUGCGACCACGUGAUGCCGAUUCCGAAUGUGCAGACCGAAUACUGGGUACCAAGUAACAGUGGGUAUAAACCUGGGUUUAAGACGCAGAUGAUGCUGAAGGAUCUGGGGCUGGGAAUCGAUUGUGCGAAGGAGGUGGGCGUGAAACCGAGUAUGGCGGAAAAGGCACUGGAGGUGUGGGCGGAGGCCAGCAAGGACGACAGAUGUCGAGAUCGUGAUGGGAGUUCGAUAUAUUUGCAUGUUGGUGGUGUGUUGCCCGCUGGACACGAAGAUCGAGGGAAGCGAAACGAGGAUGGGAGCUGGAUCUUCGAUCAAUAA